UUUAAGAGAACAAGAAACAAAAACAAAAAGCAUAAUGGAGCAGAUAUCAGAAUGGAUUUGGACAGAUAGUUUCUGGUUACCUCAAGGUUAUACAUGGAAAGAUCUUGAGCCAACUCCAGGUGUUAACAAGCCAGACUUCUACGAUCUUUACUAUGUUCCAAUCUUUGCUAUCCUGAUUUUAUGUAUUCGUUAUGUUUUUGAAAGAUUUAUUGCAACACCAUUUUGUUUAUCUCUUGGCAUAGCAAAACAUAUCAAAGUGGUGUACGAAGAAAACCAAAUAUGUGAGCAUGUAUUCUUAGCUAACACAAAACAUCCUAAUGAAAAGCAAGUGCAGGGUCUUGCUAAGCAAUUAGGGUGGACCCCUCAUAAAGUUAACCGUUGGUUCCAAAAGAGACGAAGGUCAAUUCAGGUGCCGUUACUGAACAAAGCAUCUGAGAGUUGUUGGAGAUGUGUUUUUUAUUUCUGGUUAUUCUGUUUUGGUGCCUACACUAUUUUGCCAACAGAAUGGUUUUAUGACACGAACAAGUGGAUGGAAGGUUACAUCAGAAAACAAGAUUUCAACAUGUAUCUAAGAUCGUAUUAUUUGAUGGAGCUCUCAUUUUACACCUCGUUAUUAUUUUCUCAAUUUAUUGAUGCCAAGAGAAAGGACUUUUAUCAGAUGUUCUUGCACCAUAUUGUUACCAUCAUGUUAAUUUUUUCUUCGUUUGCUAUCAACCAUCAUAGAAUUGGUGUAGUUAUUAUGUUUUUGCAUGAUGCGUCAGACUUUUGGCUUGAGGCUGCGAAAGUGUUUAAUUAUGCAAAAAAACAAAGACUAUGUGAUGGAUUAUUUGUUAUGUUUGCAAUAUCUUUUUUCAUAACCCGUUGGAUCUAUUAUCCUAUCUGGGUUCUACAUGCUUUUGUGUUUAAAUGUGUAGCAAUUAUCGGACCCUGGAGGGGCCAUGUCGUAGAAUGCAGUUUACUUAUCAUUCUUCAAAUAUUACACAUCUACUGGGGUAGUUUAAUUUUACACAUGGUGUAUAAACUUGCGACGCAAGGAAAGGUCGACAGAGAUACUCGUAGUGAGGAUGAAACUUCAGAUGGGGAAGUAGAAACCGUGGCGUCCAACAACACAUCCGCUAAUUCUAAGAAAAAGAAAUAAACAUUUCCUCUAUUCUGUUCUAUAGACAUGGAAAACACGCUUUUUUUGUUUUAUAUAUAUUUUGUGUUUUUUCAAGGCUUCGUGCUGUUUUAUGAGUCAGGUCACUUCAAUCGCAACGCCGAUUUGAGGAACAGGUCAAAUUUUAUAUUGGUAUCGGUUGUUAUUGUGCAGUGCUUCGACUUUCCAUCGCUUCCCAAAAGUAUACACUAUAACUUAAGUCCCACUAGGCUCUGUUUUUCUCUAGGGUCACUUAAGCUGAUUUUCCUGCUCGAUACGCCAUUGGUUUUGGAGAACUUCAAUUUUAUAAUCACGUGGUUAUGAUUAAUUUAAUUUUUUAAUUCAGUAUAAUUCGCUAUAUUUUUUUGACAGUUUACUGUUUAUACAUUUCUGCGAUCUUUGGUUUUGGAAGUCACUAUGAGCAUUGAAACUAAAGAAAUAUUUCUGUAUGUGUGUGUGGACAAGAGGGUGCGUGCCACAAAAUAUUUAUGCAGAUGCGUUAUAAUGUUAUAUGAUUUACUUUUUUGUAGAAAGUUCAAACUUCCCAACUCCCUUAUAUUUGUUUGUGUAACUAGAAACUGAGAAAGAAAGUUAAUUAAUUGGAUAAUUUUUUAAAAAGUACUAUCGCUGUACUAGUAAAUAAGUAAUUUUAAUCAGUAUAUUUUCAAAUGGUCGUACUUGAGAUUAUCCCAACUGAUUUUAUCUUUUUUUAUUCGUUGCAAACAGGUGUUGCAAUUGUUCUCUGAAUUUUUUUAUCAUAAGAGCGUAUUUGGGACUAUGUUUCGUCAAAAUGGGAAAUCAUUGGUUUCAGUAAGUAGUUUGCAUGUUCUUUGUUUCUGUUUAUCCACUUCGGACGUUAGUUACUUUGAUCAGCAAACACCCUGUAACACUGCAACAAUAAGCAAAAUGUAUAAAUCGUUGUAGUACAAGGCGUACUUUUUUAAAAGAGAACUAUUUCCAUCGUUAUUUCAAAAGAAUUUUUAGUCUCCUUCUUAUCAAUGGGCCUCUUUUAAUCCUAUUUAUUGGCUAUUUUGCAAAACCAUAUUCUCGCAAAAUUUAUUGAACCUGUAAAUUUGCGAAAUUAAAUUCGCGCGAAAAAUUAUUUCAUUAAGGUAGAUGAUUUUUGACUGUAUGUAUGCUUUAGAACCUAUCGCAAAAAUUUUAGUAAAAAAAGCCUCGAAAAUGAAAAUAUAAACGUGAAAACUUCCAUAUUGUUGAAAAUUUUUUAUUCAAUUUGUUUGUUGUUCUAUGUUUUUAACAUUUACCAUCUUUAUAAAAGGUUUAAUUAUUUGAACCGUUUUUGUUUUUUUUAAUUUGUGGAGUGCUGUGAUACAAUGUCAUGCGCUGUUAAUACGAUGUUGAUAUAUUAAAAUAGAUGAUAUUUCGUUCAGUAUUGAAAAUAUUAAAGUGUAUUAACUUCAGCAUUUCCAAUACUAAACUAAAAUAAAAAGUGUGAAUUAUAUUUAGUAUAGAUUGUCACAUGGUGUUUUUUUUUCGACCCAAUCAAAGUCGGUUCGAAGUCACGAAAAUUUAUGCCGACUUUCUUUGAGUGGAUGUUUUUAGUGCGUGUCUCAAUAUAUUUGUCCCAGAGAAUGUAGCUUUAUUUGUUAAAAUUAUAAAGUUCCUAGAA